UAAAUAGUUCCAAAUCACUCACCAUUGAACGUCAGUCUCAGCCUCAGAACCAGAUCAACAUGUCGUAUCAUUUUAGCGCCCUGCAGUUCGAGGAUCGUUUUCGUCCAAAGGGCCUGAGGAACUGGGAGUUUCCGCGCACUUACCCGCCCCGGCCACGGGACCGUCGCCCGAACGUGACAUUCAUUGCCGAUAACAACGGACGGUUGCUGCCCCACGCCCGUCGGGACAAGAAUCCGUUCGGCUUUUACCGCACCACCUACGAGUUGCCGUUGCGCAUCACGCACAGCUUCGUUAAGUUCUACGAUGUCUGUCUGAGCGGGCGCUACAAAUUUCGGCACUUUCCACGCGAUCUGUGCCAUUGCGAGAACAAGAAGAGACUGCACCCGUGCGACCAGCACGACACGGUUGGCGUCAAGGAAGACCCCUAUUGGGCCACGCCGAAGGGAUGCCAAACAAAGUGUGAGGGGCUUAAGAAAUUAGUUGCCGCCCAAAAGCGCAGUUGUCGCUGUUACCAUCGCAAGUGCGACGCACCAACGCCGCGGGAUAGCGUGUCCGAGGAACGUAUAUCCCUGCCUCCGAAUACGGUAAUAGAGGUGAUUGAUGAGAAGGAUAUCGAGCGCAAACGGCCAAUAACGGCCUUCAACUACAGACGCAAGCCGCGGCAUAACUAAGGAUUCGGUUAAGGAUUAAGCCGCCACCAGCAGCUACAAGCCGCCAGAUUUGACGUAUACACCCGGCGAUCUCACCGAGC